AAGUCACAUCCCCGUCGUCGAAAGGCUCCUUUUACGUGGCCGACUAUAAAGUUGUUCUGGUGAUCGCGCGCCCGCCUCAGAAACACUCCACCCUCGAACGAAUCGACCAGCUUUCACGCCAUGAAAUUGCACGUUUUAUUACUGACGGCACUUCCCAUGUGCCUGGCUGAAUUCUCAAUCCAGGGGCCUAGCGACGGACACCGACGGGCUCAGGGUCUUAAGUUCAGCGAAGAGAAAGGAAUCGAAUACACAGAUGCAAGUGAGGGUGGGGGAGCGGGAGACUUCACUAUUCAAGGUGCUACUGAUGGUAAUAGCAACUUCAGGAUCCAAGGUGCUACGGACGGGCACUCGAAUUUCCAGAUUCAGGGACCUUCGGACGGUGGAUCGGCGACUUACAAUGUAGAAGGACCGAUCGAUCGAUACGGUCAGCCCACGGCAAUCCAGGGAGCUUAUGAUGCUAAUCAAGCUUAUGAUGUUAAUCAAGCUAACGCGAAAGCGCUCCAAUACAACGAUCCCAGCGGUUACAGGGUAAAUUGGAGAUCGUACGAUCGUCAAGCACGUCCGCAAGCUCAGCAGCAAAUACAGUACGCUGAGCAAGUCGCGGCGCCGGUUUCGCGACCCGCGCCCCGACAACGAGCGCAUCAACCACGAGCGCAACCGCAACCGCAACAGCAACAGCAAGUUGCGGAAAUAGCUCCAAAUUACAAGCCGUAUUCCAACGCACCGCCGCAGAUUCAGCAACUGCUCCAGUUCCAACAGCAAAUUCCGUACAUCAAUAUAAUUCCAGAACCUUACAGAUUCGACGAAGAGGCUGCGGUACGAGCUCAAUCGCAAGCAGUCCGGGAACACCUUCAAAAGUUGGCACAAGAGGCUGCAACCGCGCCCUUACCUGAGCCUAUACUCGCGUCUGCAGUCAAAAGUCCUCGUCAAAAGUCCCCGCGGCCACUUCAGGAGCGUCCAAUCCUGGAGCAAUCGUCACGCGGCCACUCUAGAAGCAAACGUCAGACUCAGCAGCAACAUCGCAGGAUAUCUCAGCCGCCGGCGGAGCCACAGCCUCAGUAUUCGACUAAUCUGCCUAAUCAUUUGCGCGAAUUGCUGAAAUUCCAGGCGCAAACGCCGUACAACAUCAUCGCUAACCAGAUCGUGUACCGUCCAGACAAGCCGUACGUUCCACAACCCGUGCAGCCGCCACAACAGCAGCAGCAGCUACUGCAGCCGCAGUCUCACUCUCAACUUCAGCCUCAGCCUCAACUUCAGCCUCAAUCUCAGCUGCUUCAGCCUCAAUCUCAGCUGCUUCAGCCUCAAUCUCAGCCGCUACAACAAGCGCAGUAUCAAGGUCAGGGUGGCGCUUACCAGGGUCAGGCUAGCGCGUACACGCAGGCUCUUGUACAGCCUUCGUACAAUCAAAACCAGCAGUAUCAGAAUCAGCAGCUCGGCUAUAACCAGCAGCAGCCUGGCGUAAGACCCGUAACCGAGAAUCAGUACUGAUCGCCUCCAAGGUGUCUUUAUCGUCAAUCUUUCCGGCAGGGCUGGAUUCUACUUUAUAAUGUGAUAAAUUACACCCGAGUUUUUCCUAACAUAUAAUUUGAUUAUUAAAAAAAAAUAAAUUUAUUAAUAGAUAAA